UCCUUCACCCCCCCGUCAUUCCAACUUCCCCCACUGUCAUUCCUCCUCCCUCUCAUUACUGUCCCUCCAACCAUCACAAUGUCAUCCCACAGGGCAACAUCGAGGUGACAGUGAGUCAGGGCAGGGUGGUGUGGCAGCACGGGCGGCUGAACGUCACCCGGGGGGCGGGGCGGUUUGUCCCCAUGCGCCCGUUCGGCCCGCUGUUCCACGGCUUGCAGGCGAGGGAUGCCGCCCGCCUGCAGUCCUACAGCGCCCCUGUGAGGCGAGAUGGGGACAGAAGUGCUGCCGAUCCUUAG